AUGAAGUACUUAUUUUCGUUUUUUGUGUUAUCUACUUUUGUCAUAAUUUCUAUGGCUCAAUUCGACGACAUAAAACCUUGUGUCAUCUGCGAUGAUCAUUGGUUCUUGGUACCAACUAGUUGGGAGAACAUGUCCAAGUAUUUGCGUGGAAGAUGCAACCGACUCGACAAAGAAAUCAUUUGGCCGUGCCGGGAUUUGGUGGAUUCAAUGGAUCUUUGGGAGCAGUAUUCCACUCUGUAUCCAUAUAUUGUGGAGUUGCACAAACAGGCGUGCAAAGUUUUCUGUUUUUUUUCAAUUUGGAGAUCUGAUUAG